AUGGUAGAUAAUUCCAAUGCAUACCCGGAUAUAGACGAUAGUCUCCUGGGGAGUCUGUUGGAUGCAAACAAGUCUCUUUUUGGGAAAUAUACAACUGAGUUUGAUAACGAAAUCAUUUAUAUAGAUUCCUCAGAUUGGAGAGAUAGCAAUUUCUUAAAAUUUCAAAUCAUAUCAGGGUAUCUUGUCUUCAUACUAUUUGGCCUCGCAGAACAGACAGUAGGAACCUUGAUACCAAAGUUUCAAGAACACUAUAAAAUCAAUGACAUACAGGCAAGUUUUGUCUUCUUGGCAUCAGUCGCUGGAUACUUCAUAAUGGCCUUUUUGAGUGACUUAUCACACACCAAUUUGGGUGUUAAAGGAGUUCUUGUAAUGGGAACAGUGUCUAUGACUUUUGCCUAUUUGGGUAUUUCAACUUACCCGCCGUUUGCAGCAGUUGUGUUUUUGUACAUUUUUCAUGGGGUUGGACUUGGAAGUAUUGAUGCAAGUCUUGGAAUGUGGAUGGGAAAAUUAGUAGAUUCAAAUGAAGUUUUGGGGAUUUUGCAUGGCUGCUAUGGGAUAGGCUGUAUGAUAUCACCUACUUUGAUCACUUCCUUACUCGAACGUAAAACUCACCCUUGGGCUUGGCCGCAAUACUACCUUGUACUUAGUUGCUUAGGAGCUGGUUGCGUGAUUUUGAUGAUUGUCGCCUUUAAAAAUGAGACUCCCAAAAAAUAUCGUUAUACUCUGAUGACGAGUAGUAAAUCGACAAGUGAAGUUGAACUUGAAGAUCUUUCUGGGGACAAUGGAUCAGGAAGUACAUCUUCCUCACCCCCAGUAGAUGAUGAUUCAUUAGAACAUAGCUCUGCAUCGUUUGGAGAGGUUGUCAGAUCACUUCAAAUCUGGCUUUUUGCGUUGUUCUUAUUCACAUAUGUUGGCAAUGAGGUUGCAUUUGGAUCUUGGCUGAUUAGUUUCCUUACCCGGGUCAAAUCACUUUCAUAUGAGGAAUCUUCACAUUUAACUUCAACUUUCUGGGCAGGUCUUACAGCAGGGAGAAUAAUUUUAGGAUUUGUCACCUUGCGUGUCUUUAAUACUGAACUAACGGCAAACUUUGCGUAUACAAUUCUUACCUUUUUAGGCUACUUUUCAUUCUGGUUAAUGUCUUUGGGACUGAACACCUCCUUGCUUUAUCCAGUUGCCUUCUUCACAGGGUGUUUUGUUGGUCCCAUUUUCCCAACUACCAUUAUUUCUCUGCUUAAAACUCUUCCUGCAAAGUAUCAUACUGCCGGAAUUGGAUUCAUCUGUGCGUUUGGAGGUGGAGGUGGUGCAGUUAUACCAUUUCUAAUAGGCCUAGUUGCUGAAUCUCCUUUGGGAUUGGAUCUUUUCCCUGUCAUUAUUUCGAUGAUUGCCGGACUAAAUUCGUUCAUGUGGGUGGUUCUUAUAAAAAAGUAUGGCUCAAACUAUAGUGCCAACAAACUAUAA